AUGGCUGUCUCGGAGGGCCGAUCCUGGGCCUUCCUCUCCACUCCUCAGGACCCUCCUGGAGGAGCUCGUGACAGCACUGCACAUGGGCCAGGCUGUGUACUGCGCUCCCCUGUGGUGCGGCGUGUGUGGGGUAAUGCAGUGUGGUGUGGGCGGUACGGUGUGGUGUGGUGUGAUGUGGUGUGCUCCCCUGUGGUGCGGUUUGGUGUGCUGUGCUGUUGGCUGGUGUGGGGUGGUCCGUUAUGGUGUGGUGUGAUGUGGUGCAGUAUGGUAUGGUACGAUACGGUACGGUGCAAUGUGGUGUUGUGUGGUGUGGUGUGGGGCGGUGUGGUGUGGUGUGGUGUUGUGUGGUGUGGUGUGGUGUGGUGGUGUGGUAUGGUGUGGUAUAUAAUGCGGUGCGGUAUGGUGUGGUGCAGUGUCGUGUGCUGUGGGCCAUUUUGGGGCAGUACGGUGUGGUGUGGUGUGGUAUGGUGUGGUGUGGUGUGGUGUAAUGCGGUGUGGUGUGGUGUGGUGCAGUGUGGUGUGGUGUGGUGUGGUGUAAUGCGGUGUGGUGUGGUGUGGUGCAGUGUGGUGUGGUGUGGGCCAUUGUGGGGCGGUACGGUAUGGUGUGGUGUGAUGUGGUGUGGUGUGGUGUGGGGUGGUACGUUAUGGUGUGGUGUAGUGUGGUAUGGUGUGCGGUAUGGUGUGGUGCAGUAUGGUAUGGUACGGUAUGGUGUGAUGUGGUAUGGUGUGGUGUGGUGUGGUGUGGUGUGGUAUGGUGUGGUGUGGUAUGGUGUGGUGUGGUAUGGUGUAGUGCUUUGUGGUGUGGUGUGGUGUGGUGUGGUGUGGUGUGGUGUGGUGUGGUGUGGUGUAGGGCGAUAUGGUGUGGUGCGGUAUGGUGUAAUGCUUUGUGGUGUGGUGUGGUGUGGUGUGGUGUGGUGUGGUGUGGGGUGG